GCGCGCAUCUGCUCGCCCCGCAGCCUCGUUCCCGGCCAGCACCCGCCGGCCACGCAGCGGCCACGAUGCUGCCUCCCGCGCCCUCCCGCCUCGGGCUGCUGCUGCUGCUGCUCCUAUGCCCCGCGCACGUCGCCGGACUUUGGUGGGCCGUGGGCAGCCCCUUGGUUAUGGAUCCUACCAGCAUUUGCCGGAAGGCACGGCGGCUGGCAGGGCGGCAGGCCGAGUUGUGCCAGGCUGAGCCGGAAGUGGUGGCUGAGCUAGCCCGGGGCGCCCGGCUCGGGGUGCGAGAGUGCCAGUUCCAGUUCCGCUUCCGCCGCUGGAACUGCUCCAGCCACAGCAAGGCCUUUGGACGCAUCUUGCAGCAGGACAUCCGGGAGACGGCCUUCGUGUUUGCGAUCACGGCGGCAGGUGCCAGCCACGCGGUCACACAGGCCUGCUCCAUGGGCGAGCUGCUGCAGUGCGGCUGCCAGGCGCCCCGCGGACGCACUCUGCCCCGGCCCCCGGGCCUACCCGGCACCCCCGGACCCCCCGCCCUCGCUGGCUCCCCGGAUGGCAGCGCCGCCUGGGAGUGGGGAGGCUGCGGCGACGACGUGGACUUCGGGGACGAGAAGUCCAGGCUCUUUAUGGAUGCGCGGCACAAGCGGGGACGCGGAGACAUCCGGGCGCUCGUGCAACUGCACAACAACGAGGCUGGCCGGCUGGCCGUGCGGAGUCAUACGCGCACCGAGUGCAAGUGCCACGGCCUGUCGGGCUCGUGCGCGCUGCGCACCUGCUGGCAGAAGCUGCCCCCGUUCCGCGAGGUGGGUGCGCGGCUCCUGGAGCGCUUCCACGGCGCCUCGCGCGUCAUGGGCACCAACGACGGCAAGGCCCUGCUGCCCGCGGUGCGCACGCUCAAGCCGCCCGGCCGCGCAGACCUUCUCUACGCCGCGGAUUCGCCCGACUUCUGCGCGCCCAACCGGCGCACAGGCUCGCCCGGUACGCGCGGCCGCGCCUGCAACAGCAGUGCCCCGGACCUCAGCGGCUGCGACCUGCUGUGUUGCGGCCGCGGGCACCGCCAGGAGAGCGUGCAGCUCGAGGAGAACUGUCUGUGCCGCUUCCACUGGUGCUGCGUGGUGCAGUGCCACCGCUGUCGCGUGCGCAAGGAGCUCAGCCUCUGCCUCUGACCCGCCGCGCGGCUCUCCAAACUGCGCGCAGACACGGUCUCUAGGCAUCUGGGGGAACUCUGGGCUCCAGAAGGGGGCGCUGCCCCGGCCCGGCCUCUUCCUCUGGACACUGUGAGGGCAGCGGGCUUGAGACGUACACUGCCGGAGAACGCUCAGGGAGCGGGAGAGAACUUGGAGAGGCGUUCCGAGGGUUUCUGGGGGAGAUUAUACAGGCCCUUCCUCCCCU